UGUUUAACAUUGGUUACAUUACAUGCAAGAUACUGGUGGAAGCUUUGGGUUCUUGGACGUGUGGGAUAGAAUGCUGCUCUCGCGCACUGCUCUCAGUAAGAACCUGUACGGCCUAGCGAGGUCAUGGUACGAGAGCGCCUUAGAACUGACGACGGAAGAACAAGCUCUCCGUCAGGAAAUGCUUCAAUUGCGGCUGCAAAUUGAACGUCAAGAAAAGCAGGCAAUUCGAAGUGACUCACCCGAGAAAAAUGCUGAUGGAAUUGUAGGGCCUCCGUUCCCUCAUCUUUGCUCUAACCACAUGCGGCCGCUGAGCGAUGAACAGUCGCGUCUGGUGUGUCGUCUGGAGCGUCUCGGGUCGCCCUAUCUGCUGCUGAUGCCUCUGCGUCUGGAGGAGGUCGCCCUCCAGCCAACAGUUGUUGUCUUCAGAGACUUCCUUACACACCGGCAAACGCGAGCUCUCGUCCAGCAAUCGCUGGCAAAUAGCGGAAGACCUGAGACGAACGACUCGCUGUCAGAAGCUCUCAGUUUACCGAUCACAAGCAUCGUAGGACCUCCCACACUCCAGCAGACGAAACUGUCGCACACUUGUCGUCUCGUGGCGGCUGCUAAUCGCAAAUUAGAAAUUCUUGCUAACUUCUGGUGGCCUUACUUGCAACCUUCAGCUGGAAUCUUGGUGCGCCAAUUUGAGCUCGCUGCCUCCUACAGUCACGAGCAGUCGACUUCAAACUGGGAAACCACCGCUGCAGCUCACGUCUUUCUUAUAGAGCCGAAACACAGGCUCAUGGCCCACGUUCAGCUGGUCGAGAUCGGCGCUGCGAUGCUGACCGUGGAUCUCGCCACGGCACAGGAGCUCACUGCGCUGCGCCGGAAGGCGCUGGCUGAGGGCAGGUUCAGGUUCCCCUCACUGUAUCUCGACCACGAACAACCCCUCGUACUGCAUGUCAAGUACACUCACCAUGUGACCUUCGCAAAUCCUCUCAUCAAAAUCAAAGGCCACAAGCUGGACUCGUACAUCUACGAGCGCGUAGGGUCGCGUCGCUUGGACAACGAGUGGAAGGACUUCGGCCACGAUUUCCUCCAACACGCGUAUGGCAAAAUGAUGCUCCCAGACCCUGGCCAUGUUGACGUGAACGAAGAUGACGUCGUCUUCCGCGUCCGCAACGUUUAAUUUGACGAACACACCUCCAGC